UGUGUCCCACCAGGAACAUGAACGUUCUGCUCCAUCCGGACACUUCCUGCUCCGGUCGGUCCUGAGGAGGCGGUUCCGAGGCGGGAGGCAGCGGGACCCUGGCGGAGACUCGGAGGCUGCACCGGGAACAAUAGAGCGGAGCGACGCCAGCCUCGAUCCGCCUCAGCAGCCACAGCAGCCGGACCCAGACGGACCGAGCGGCCGCCGGAGGAGACAUGUAACCGGGCCGCGGCUCGGAUCGGAGGCGGCGGAUCGGAACCGAGCGGAUUCCGGCAUGAACCCCGGAGAAGCGGCCGAGGAGGCGCCCAGCGACCCCGACACUGAUGCCUUCUACAAAACAGGAUCCUUCAGGACCGAAGGCAUCAAGGCGUCUGAUGUUCUUCCUGUGCUGAAGGAGAAAGUCGCCUUCGUGUCAGGUGGUCGAGACAAGAGAGGAGGACCAAUCCUGACGUUUCCUGCCAGGAGUAACCACGACCGAAUAAAACAGGAAGACCUGAGGAGGCUGGUCACCUACCUGUCCACGGUGCCCAGCGAGGAUGUGUGUAAACGAGGCUUCACCGUCAUCAUCGACAUGCGAGGCUCUAAGUGGGAUCUGAUCAAACCUCUGCUGAAGACGCUCCAGGAGUUCUUCCCGGCCGACAUCUGCGUCGCUCUGAUCAUCAAACCCGACAACUUCUGGCAGAAACAGAAAACCAACUUCGGCAGCGCAAAGUUCUCCUUCGAGACCAGCAUGGUGUCGGUGGAGGGUUUGUCCAAACUGGUGGAUCCGUCUCAGCUGACGGACGACUUUGAAGGUUCUCUGGAUUACAACCAUGAGGAGUGGAUGGACCUGAGGGUUUCUCUGGAGGAGUUCAUGUCCAACGCCGUCCACCUGCUGUCCAGACUGGAGGACCUGCAGGAGCUUCUGUCCAAGAAGGAUUUUCCUGCAGAUGUUGAAGGAUCCCGACGACUCAUAGAGGAGCACACCCAGCUCAAGAAGAAGGUUCUGAAGGCUCCGGUGGAGGAGUUGGACCGGGAAGGCCAGAGGCUGCUGCAGUGCAUCCGGUCCAGCGACGGCUUUUCAGGGAGGAACUGCAUCUCAGGUUCUGCAGACUUCCAGAGUCUGGUGCCAAAGGUGGCCAGUCUCCUGGAUAAGCUUCACUCCACCAGACAACAUCUGCACCAGAUGUGGCACGUCAGGAAGCUGAAGCUGGACCAGUGUUUCCAGCUGCGACUGUUCGAGCAGGACGCCGAGAAGAUGUUCGACUGGAUCAGCCACAACAAGGAGGUUUUCCUUCAGAGCCACACUGAGAUCGGUCGAGGAUACCAACAUGCUGUGGAGCUGCAGACGCAACACAACCACUUCGCCAUGAACUCCAUGAACGCCUACGUGAACAUCAACCGGAUCAUGUCGGUGGCGAGUCGGCUGGCCGAGGCCGGACAUUACGCCUCCACGCAGAUCAAACAGAUCUCAAGUCAGCUGGAUCAGGACUGGAAAAGCUUCGCUGCCGCGUUGGACGAACGAUCAACUAUCUUAGCCAUGUCAUCGGUGUUUCACCAGAAGGCCGAACAGUUCCUGUCGGAGGUGGAGGCCUGGUGUAAAGUCUGCAGUGAAGGAGGUUUACCGUCUGAGAUGCAGGAGCUGGAGAUCGCCAUCCACCGACACCAGAGUCUGUACGAGCAGGUGACCCAGGCCUACACCGAGGUGAGUCAGGACGGGAAGGCGCUGCUGGACGUCCUUCAGAGACCUCUAAGUCCAGGAAACUCUGAGUCCCUCACAGCGACGGCCAACUACUCCAAAGCAGUCCACUGCAUCCUGGACGUGGUCCACGAGGUUCUGCACCAUCAGCGGCGUCUGGAGAACAUCUGGCAGCACCGGAAAGUCCGACUGCACCAGAGACUGCAGCUGUGUGUCUUUCAGCAGGACGUCCAGCAGGUGAUGGACUGGAUAGAAAACCACGGAGAGGCCUUCCUCAGCAAACACACCGGCGUCGGUAAAUCUCUGCACCGAGCUCGAGCUCUGCAGAAGAGACACGACGACUUCGAGGACGUUGCUCAGAACACAUACACUAAUGCUGACAAGCUGCUGGAGGCGGCAGAACAACUGGCUCAGACUGGAGAAUGUGACCCAGAAGAAAUCUACAAGGCGGCCCGACACCUGGAGGUCCGGAUCCAGGACUUCGUCCGGCGGGUCGAACACCGGAAGCUGCUGCUGGACAUGUCGGUCUCCUUCCACACCCACACCAAAGAGCUGUGGUCGUGGAUGGAGGAGCUGCAGAAACAGCUGCUGGACGACGUCUGCUGCGACUCGGUGGACUCGGUCCAGACUCUGAUCCAACAGUUCCAGCAGCAGCAGACGGCGACGCUGGAGGCGACGCUGAACGUGAUUAAAGAAGGAGAGGAACUCAUUCAGCAGCUCAGAGAUGCCGCCAUGUCCACCAACAAGACACCACACUGCAGUUCCAUCGCUCACAUCCAGGGGGUGCUACAGCAGCUGGAUGAGGCCCAGGGCCAGAUGGAGGAGCUGUUCCACGAACGCAAGAUCAAGCUGGACAUCUUCCUGCAGCUGCGCAUCUUCGAGCAGUACACCAUCGAGGUGACGGCCGAGUUGGACGCCUGGAACGAGGAUUUAUCUCGUCAGCUGAGCGACGCCGGACGUUCGGGCAGCAGCAGCGGAGGCAGCGGCGCCUCCUCUGGCGGCUCGGAGGACAUCGGUCUGGCCGAGCAGCGACUGAAGCGUCACGCUGAGAGGAAGGCGGCCAUGAACAACAUGACGUACGAAGUGAUGCAGCAGGGACAAGACCUGCACCAGUACAUCAUGGAGGUCCAGGCUUCAGGCAUCGAGCUGACCGGGGAGAAGGACAUGGAUUUGGCCUCUCAGGUUCAGGAGCUGCUGGAGUUUCUUCAUGAGAAGCAGCAGGAAGUGGAGCUCAGCGCUCAGCACACCCACAGCCGGCUGGAGCAGAGUCUGCAACUACGCCACCUGCAGGCCGAAGUCAAGCAGGUGUUGGGUUGGAUCCGUAACGGAGAGUCGAUGCUGAACGCCAGCCUGGUGAACGCCAGCUCUCUGUCGGAGGCCGAACAGCUGCAGAAGGAACACGAACAGUUCCAGAUGGCCAUCGAGUCGCUGUUUCAUGCUAACUCUCUGCAGAAGACUCACCAGAGCGCCCUGCAGGUCCAGCAGAAGGCCGAGAUGAUGCUGCAGGCCGGCCACUACGACCCCGAGGCCAUCCGGAGCUGCGCCGAGAAGGUGGCCGUCCACUGGCAGCAGCUCAUGCUGAAGAUGGAGGAUCGGCUCAAGCUGGUCAACGCCUCCGUCGCCUUUUACAAGACGUCCGAGCAGGUGUGCAGCGUCCUGGAGAGUCUGGAGCAGGAGUACCGGAGGGACGAGGACUGGUGCAGCAGUCUGGACAAACUGGGAGCUGCAGCCGACAGCGAACAUCUGCUUCCUCUGAUCAGCAAACAUCUGGAGCAGAAGGAGGCCUUCCUCAAGGCGUGUACGUUGGCUCGGAGGAACGCUGAGGUGUUUCUGAAAUACAUCCACAGGAACAACGUGAGCAUGCAGGGAGCUGGAGGCCACAGCAGAGGACCAGAGCAGCAGGUUAAAGCCAUCCUGAACGAGUUGCUGCAGAGAGAAAACAGAGUUCUUCACUUCUGGACGUUGAAGAAACGACGACUGGAUCAAUGUCAGCAGUUCCUGGUGUUUGAACGCAGCGCCAAGCAGGCGCUGGACUGGAUCCAGGAUACAGGUGAGGUCUACCUGUCGACUCACACGUCUCCAGGCGACAGCAGUGAAGAAACUCAGCAGCUCCUGAACGACUGUCAUCACUUCAGACUCACUGCAAAGCAAACCAAGGAGAAGGUGAAACUGCUAAUCCAACUGGCCGAUAACCUGGUGGAGAAAGGCCACGCCCACGUAUCGGAGCUGAAGCGCUGGGUCAGCACCGUGGACCGACGGUACCGGGACUUCUCCGUACGAAUGACCAAGUACCAGGAGAGUCUGGAGAGGAGUCUGGGGGUCAGCUCUGAGGACAACAAGGACCUGGAGCUGGACAUCAUCCCGGCCAGUCUGACCGACGACCCCGAGGUGAAACUACGAGACCCAAACCAUGAGGUCAACGAAGAGAAGAGGAAGUCUGCCAGGAAGAAGGAGUUCAUCAUGGCCGAGCUGCUGCAGACGGAGAAAACCUACGUCAGAGAUCUGCACGAGUGUCUGGAGACGUACCUGUUUGAGAUGACGAGUGGCGUGGAGGAGGUUCCAGCCGGCAUCGCCAACAAGGAACACGUCGUCUUCGGCAACAUGCAGGAGAUUUGCGACUUCCACAACAAUAUUUUCCUGAAGGAGCUGGUGAACUACGAGCAGCUUCCGGAAGACGUCGGUCAUUGUUUUGUCACCUGGGCCGAUAAAUUCCACAUUUACGUCGAUUACUGCAAAAACAAACCCGACUCCAGUCAGCUGAUCCUGGAACACGCCGGAACCUUCUUUGACGACAUCCAGCAGAGACGAGGUCUGGCCAACUCCAUCUCCUCCUACCUCAUCAAACCGGUGCAGAGGAUCACCAAGUACCAGCUGCUGCUCAAGGAGCUGCUGUCCUGCUGUGAGGAGGGUAAAGGAGAGAUUAAAGACGGUCUGGAGGUGAUGCUGGGAGUCCCCAAGAGAGCCAACGAUGCCAUGCACCUCGCCAUGCUGGAGGGUUUCGAGGAGAACCUGGAGGUUCAGGGUGAACUCAUCCUCCAGGACAGUUUCCAGGUGUGGGAUCCUCGAUCUCUGAUCAGGAAGGGACGUGACCGACACCUCUUUCUGUUCGAGUUCUCUCUGGUCUUCAGCAAAGAGAUCAAGGACUCGGCCGGAAGAACCAAGUACCAGUACAAGAACAGACUACUGACGUCAGAGUUGGGGGUAACUGAACACAUCGAAGGUGAUCCCUGUAAGUUUGCUCUGUGGGCUGGAAGGACUCCAUCAUCCGACAACAAGACGGUGCUCAAAGCGUCCAGCAUGGAGGCCAAGCAGGAGUGGAUCAAGAACAUCAGGGAGGUGAUCCAGGAGAGGAUGACCCACCUGAAGGGGGCGCUGAAGGAGCCUGUACACCUGCCCAAAACCCCUGCACUGACCAAACCCAAGAACAACCUGAAGAGGGAGGGAGGUGAGGAUGGAGACAGUCAGGGAGACGGCAGCAGCCAACCAGACACCAUCUCCAUCGCCUCCAGGACGUCUCAGAACACGGUGGACAGCGAUAAGCUCUCUGGAGGCUGUGAACUCACCGUGGUCCUUCAGGACUUUACAGCUGGAUGCAGCUCAGAGAUGUCCGUCAGUACAGGUCAGACGGUGGAGCUGCUGGAGCGACCCAGUGAGCGACCCGGCUGGUGUCUGGUCAGAACCACUGACCGAAGCCCUCCUCAGGAAGGACUGGUUCCCAGUUCAGCGCUCUGCGUGUCGCAUUCCCGCUCCAGCGUGGAGAUGGACUGCUUCUUCGGGUCGGGAAAAGAAAACUAUCCGGUCGGCAGCUCGGAUGGGAAGACGGAGUCGGUGGCGAACCUACAGCCUCAGCCGUCGCUCAGCUCGCUGCAGUCCAGCUCUCCAGGUCCUAAACGCUCAGGAAACACUCUGAGGAAGUGGCUGACCAGUCCGGUCCGCCGCCUCAGCCACGGCAGCUCCGUCAAGAAACUCCCCAACAGCAAGCAGAAGAAGACAGGGCCUGGAUCAGGUAGGGAGGAGAGCAGGAAGAGCAUCGACCUCGGCCAACCGGACCUCGCCCUGCAGGAUGACAUCAUCGAUGAGAGAGUUCUCAGUAAAGAUGGAAACCUGCUGUCUAAGGCACCUUCAGGGAUGCAGAGCGGCGGCGAGGAGGAGCAGGACGAGGAAGCUCACACUCCUCUUCCUCCCCCCAUGGAGAUCAUCAAGGACCCCUCGGCUCAGGACGACAAGUCUUCGUCCUUGCUAACGUCCCUCCAGUCGUCCUCUGAGGUUCCCAGUGCUGCCGAGCUGGUUAGCGCCAUAGAAAAACUGGUUAAAACCAAGAUGACUCUGGAACCAGGAGCCUACCCCGGGUUCUCCUCACUGUCGCCUCCAGAACAAACCACACCGGUCCAGCCGAGGAACCCGGAACUGGAGCAGAGAGCCAAAGCUAUGAGAGGACGCAUGUUUGUUCUGAAUGAGUUGAUUCAGACGGAGAAGGAUUACGUCAAAGACCUCGGCAUUGUGGUGGAGGGCUUCAUGAAACGCAUCGAGGAAAAAGGCGUCCCGGACGACAUGAAAGGAAAAGACAAAAUUGUGUUCGGAAACAUCCACCAGAUCUACGACUGGCACCGAGACUUCUUCGUCGGGGAGCUGGAGAAAUGUUUGGAGGACCACGAACAUCUUCCUGAACUCUUCAUCAAACACGAGAGGAGGCUCCACAUGUACGUGGUCUACUGCCAGAACAAACCCAAGUCUGAGUUCAUCGUAGCCGAAUACGACUCGUACUUCGACGGCAUCCAGCAGGACAUCCAGUCCAGGUUGACCAUCAGUGAUUUCCUCAUCAAACCCAUCCAGAGAAUCACUAAAUACCAGCUGCUCCUCAAGGACUUCCUGAAGUACAGCUCCAAGGCUGGGAUGGACUGUGAACAGAUCGAGAAAGCCGUGGAUCUGAUGUCUCAGGUCCCUAAACUGUGUAACGACAUGAUGAAUCUGGGUCGGCUGCAGGGAUACGAGGGUAAACUGACCAGUCAGGGCAAACUGCUGCAGCAGGAAACAUUCUUCGUCACGGAGCAGGACGCCGGCGUUCUGUCCAGGUCCAAGGAGCGCCGAGUCUUCCUCUUCGAACAGAUUGUCAUCUUCAGCGAGCUGCUGAGGAAAGGAUCGUCCACGCCGGGAUACCAGUUUAAGAAGAGCAUCAAGGUGUCCUACCUGGGCCUGGAGGACAGCGUGGACAACGAUCCCUGUAAGUUUGUCUUGUCGUGUCGCGGUUCGUCGGAGCGUUUCACUCUGCAGGCCGCCAACAUCGACAUCAAGCAGGUCUGGGUCCGACACAUCCAGGAGGUCCUGGACGCCCAGAGCAACUUCCUGUCAGCUCUUCAGUCUCCCAUCGAGUACCAGAAGGAGAAGAGCAGCAGCUCCUCGCUGACCAGGAACCGAUCGUCUUCAGGGAACCGACCAAUCACGUCAUCACACAGCAGGCCAUCAUCGGCGGUCGGCCUCGGCGACAAGGACUCGGAAAGGGGGAGGAGCCAGAUGAAAAUUUCUACCUCCAACGGCGGCUCGACAUGUUUCGAGUCCAGAGACUCUGACGGAGGCUGUAACGGCGUCUCGUCCACCAUGUUGGUCUCUCAGGACUACUCGGCGCUGAAGGAGAACGAGAUCUGCGUCAGUCAGGGCGAGACGGUCCAGAUUCUGGCCACCAAUCAGCAGAACAUGUACCUGGUGUACCGGCCAGCCAACAGCCAGUCGCCGGCCGCCGAGGGCUGGGUGCCGGGUCACGUCCUGGGCCCGCCCACCAAGCCCAUAAGAGACUCUUCGUCCACUUCCUCCUUCUCGGUGGCGGUCGCUGAUGCCAACAACAUCAAGAAGUCUCUGUCGUGGAACACGCUGCGUGCCAGGAAGCGCGCCGAAGCCAAGGACGUGUCGGCGGUGCUGGCGGCGGCGGCGGCGGCGGGGGUCAGAGGUCAGGAGAACGGCCUCCUCCGUAAGGGCAAAGAUGCCACCCCCCCUCCCCCGCUCGCCUCACCCGCCCCCCCGCCAAAGGGCAAAGACGUCCACACUUCAGAUGAAUCGGACUGCGACGACGACCUCGACCCAAAGACGGGAAUGGAGCUUCUGAACCCAAACUUCAUCCAAGAAGUGUCUCCAGAGUUCCUGGUCCCUCUGUCUGAUGUGGUCUGUGCCUUCGGGGAGACGGUGGUUCUCUGCUGUAAAGUCUGCGGUCGACCCAAACCCUCGGUGACCCUGAAGGGUCCAGACCAGAACCCAGUGACCAGCAACAGCCGCUUCACCAUCGACAUCAGGGACACUGGAGACAUCCUGUUGAAGAUCUGUAACCUGAUGCCUCAGGAUACCGGCAUCUACACCUGCGUCGCCGUUAACGACCACGGCUCCGCCUCCUCCUCAGCCUCCAUCAAAGUGCAAGGUAUCCCAGCAGCCCCGGGCCGUCCGGUAGCCCAGGAGGCCAGCGGUACGGCAGUGAUGGUCCACUGGCCUCCUCCGGCCUCGUCGGCUCACAGCGCCGUCAGCAGCUACACCGUGGAGUACAGACAGGAAGACUCGUUGCUAUGGCAGCAGGUGGCCAGCAGCAGGGAGGAGUGCAUCCAGAUCGAUGCUCUGAUCCCUGGAGGUCAUUAUCAGUUCAGGGUCCGAGCCUCCAACCGCUGGGGGGUCGGACCUCCGUCAGAACCGUCCAACAUGGUGACGCUGGCCAGCAGCAACUCUGGAUACGACGGAACAGGAAUCCAGUGGAAGGAAAACUUUGACUCGACGUUCACUGAGAUCUCUGAGAUCGGAAGGGGACGAUUCUCAGUGGUGAGGAAAUGUCUGAACAAGUCCACCAAGAAAGAGGUGGCUGUGAAGUUCGUCGGUAAGAAGAUGCAGAAGAAGGAGCAGGUUGCUCACGAGGCUGACAUCCUCCGACAUGUCCAGAACCUCCAGCUGGUGGUUCUGUUGGACACCUACGAGUCUCCAACGUCUCUGAUGCUGGUCCUGGAGCUACUGGAGGAUGGACGUUUACUCGACUAUCUGGUCGCUCACGAUGAGCUGAUGGAGGAGAAGGUGGCGUUUUUCAUCAGAGAGACUCUGGAGGCUCUGCAGCAUCUUCACACCUGUAGGGUGGCUCACCUGGACCUCAAGCCGGAGAACAUCAUGGUGGAGCUUCACUCUCCGACUCCCGGCAUCAAGCUCAUUGACUUUGGAGACGCCGUCCAGCUGUCGGCCCACCGCCGCUACGUCCACCUCCUGCUAGGGAACCCGGAGUUUGCGGCGCCGGAGCUGAUCCGCGGGACACCCGUCUCCAUGGCUACAGACGUGUGGAGUGUGGGCGUGUUGGCCUACGUGAUGCUCAGCGGCGUUUCCCCAUUUCUGGAUGAAUCUCCCGAGGAAACCUGCGUCAACAUCUGCCGCCUGGACUUCUGCUUCCCAGACGAGUACUUCCGCGAUGUGAGCCAGGCGGCAAGGGACUUCGUGUCGUCGGUGCUGCAGCAGGAUCCCAGGAAGAGGCCGAGCGCCACUUCCUGUCUGCAGCACCCGUGGGUGGGUCGCGGCGGCGCGCACGGCGGUGAGUACUCAAAGACGCCGCUGGACACGACGCGUUUGGCAACGUUCAUCGACCGAAGGCGGCAGCUGCACGACGUCCGGCCCAUCACCAAUAUCAAAGGGCUGGUGAGCAGCAGUAUGGGCAACACACUGUGACCAGACACUUACCGAUCCAAACUAUUGAUUAACUUUCAAUCGGAAAUGGUGCCUGAUUCCUUCCUGUGGUGCAACAUUUCAUCAACUCCUGCAAGCAAACUGAAAAAAAAUAACAAGCGUUCACGGCUGGACGAGAAUUAUUUAUUCCACUGAUGUUUAAGUUGUGCUUCAUUCGCCGAGUUUCAACGUGAAAACCCAAAGAAAUCAGCUCAGACGUGGAAACGAACCGGAAGGACGAACAUGUUGGAUUCUACUUAGUGGAACUUUGGUUUUGCAGGUGUGACGUUUGCAGGGAUCUUCCUCUCCAACCAACCAAUCACGUUGAUAAUUAAAAUCAUAAAGUGGUUUUUGAUUGCUGGAGCUCAAAGGUUUAUGGGAAUUAACUCAUAAUCUGUACUUUUAGCCUGUUUGUUUCCAUCAUGGUGUAGAAUCCAACAGAGAAACAAGAAAAAAACUGGCUGUAAAACCAGUUCUAAGUAGGACAUAGACCAGUAGGGAUUUGUUAUGUUGGUGCCUAUACUGAAUGUUCAACUGGAUGUUGAUUGAUGAGGUUCUGCUACCAGACGAGAACAUUGAGAGGUCAGGAAAAAUGGUUGUCUUCUUCAAGUUCAACCAAUCAGAACCCCCCGCAGUUGGGUUUCAGGGUCUUUGUUCUCCAGUGUAAACAGUUCUGAAAGAGGUCCUACAGGAACAGUUCUUGCAGUCAGAGCGUACUUUGAGUCUCCCUAAUAUACCUGGAUAGUUCCUGCAGUGGAAACUGAUCUAGAGACUGUACAUAAAAUUAAAAGAUGGAAGUAGCCUCCUUGAUGUCAUCUACUAGUUUAUGGAUGUCUUUGAGUUUAGAAAUUGGUUGACGCAAUCUUUCAAAACCAGAUCUGUCGACCAGGGAACUCAAGGAACCCAAACCAAUUCCCCAAACCUGCUUUAUUGUCUAUUUCCCCCUAAAUGGGACCAAUACUUAAUAAAUAACCACCCUGUUGUAGUAAAGGAAACUUAGAAAUAGUGAUUGAAACUAUAAACUCAUGGAGAUGCAACCAGAGGAGUUGCCUCCUGCUGGCUGUUAGACAGAAUGCAGGUAUAAAAUUUCACUUUUUAGACCUGGAGGCUGUGUCCAUCUGUUAUUUACGAUCUGUAGUUAAGAUACAGGAAAGAUUUUGACCACCAGAGGGCACAAGAAGGCCUUGUCCACUAAAAUGGAUGUUUUUCAAGAUUUUUAGGUCGGGGGAAAUCUGUCCACACAACCAUCAUUUUCCAAAAUGUCGAAAACGUAAAAACAAAGCAUACCGAGCCACAAAUACAUCAGCAAUACAUUAAAUACCAGAGAAGAACUUCCUGUCAAUUCAUUGUUUCUGUGGACUUUAAACCACAGAUACUUUAGACAAGGUAACACUGGACAUAGCAGAGGCUUUAGCAGCAAGUUAAGAUGUAAAUCUACUAUUGCUAAUGCUAACCAAAUGUCAAUAAACCAGUAUUUGUCCACCAUUGUUGUUUCAGGCACGUUCUCAUUACACAAAGCAACAAUGGAAGUCAUUUUUAAGAACCUAAAUCUGACCUAAAACACUAUUUUAGAUAAUGAAGCCCAAAUGUAGAGGAAAAUGUUGGGUAUUAGUGUGGAUGAGGCCUAAGAGUUUGUUAGUUGCUAAAAAUGAAACAAGCUGUGAUGAUGAAUUUGUGGUCAUCUGGUCUGAUUUGGAUUCAUGAGGUUCAGUCAUGGAGGAUCAAAGAGUCUGAACAGUUUAUAAGUUGUUCAAGUGGAAGUUUUUUAGCCUUUUGGGUUUGUCGUUAUCAGACCACUGGAGAUUUAGUGACUGAUGUGGCUAAAAUAUUAGCAAGAAUAAUAUGAAGAAGUGUUACAUCCCAGCUAUGCUAGGCUACAUGGAAGCAACCCCAAAUCUAUGUGAUUCUGUAAGACUUGCUAGCAGCCAGGUGUUUUAGUUGCUCCUGCUAGCUGGUGCUAACUUGAUGUUUUUGUGUUCUGUAGCUGUAUAUCAGUGGAUACUGGUAGCUUAGCGUUGUGCUAACUUGUGUAAGGAGGCACCAGUUUGCUGGAGGCCGGAAAAGGAUUUUUCACCACAAACAAACUCAGUAUUUUUCCUUUUAGCUAAACUCCAGAGCCGGCUUUUGAGUUUCAGGUUGAGUUGGAGGUUUAGUCAUUUCCUUUUCUUCUUUACAGUUUAUUCUGAAAGUUAGAGCACUGUUUGCCCGACGUUUCUGGUUUCCUUUACAGUUUGCCCUCCAUUUCUUGUGGUUUUUAAUGUUUUUAGUCAUUUCUGAUUUUGCUUUUUUGUGGUACAACAUUGGGUAGUUUCCACGUUUUCUCCUAGCAAACUGGGCUGUUGGGGGCUUGUCUGGGAUACGAAGUUUGAUUGUCACCGAUCUGUAACGUCUUUACGUUGAGUCAACAAUGUUAGAGAACACAAGUCGUAGGAUUUUAUUCUUUUAUUUAAAUUCCCCUUGACAGUGCCAUGGCUGGUUUGUUAAAUCAGUUUUGACAUACUGUAUGAUGAAUUGGAAACUCAAACUUCUUCUUGACUGAAGUCGGUUUGAUGGGAAAAAAAAUAUCUUGAACCUGGAUAUAAAAGGUUCUUCUGGAUCUCUUGGAUAAUUUGAGUUCCCUGCAGCUGAUAUUUAAACACCUGUAAACCGAAGCAAACACACCCUGGUGGACUGAAGUGGAGCUUUUCUAUGAAACACCUUCAAUUUAUUGAAUGUUUAUUUAUGGCAGGACUGAGCCUGAGUGGAAUCAUGUUUGAAAUCUGUGCAGGGGCAAAGUUUAAGGUCUGAACGAUGAACUGCUGGAGUUUCCAUCCAACCGCUGACUCAUCUACACUGAACUGAACUGCGAUGAACUGGGUUUAAAUGGGGAGACCUAGCUUCAGCCGCCGAAUAACCUGCUGUAGAAAACACUGCUGGAGUUUAGGCUGGAUUCCUGAACACGGAGGAGGUAUCGCAAUGUGUGUGAAGGAGUCACAGUUUGUUUCGUAUCACUGUUUACAAGUACUUUGUCCAAAAACAUGGGUAGGUAGUUUACAGAGCAGUAGAAUAAUCAGGGGAAACCUGCAUGUAAUGUCACCAGGGAUGAUUUAGAAAUCAGGUUAGAAAUCCGUCAACAAAAACCUGUGAUGUUUAUUGUGAAGGUGGGAUAUAAAAACCCGCCUUUUUUUUGUUUGUUUUGUCCACCAGCCGCUGUCGGAUUUGGCUCGGCUUGUAAAUGGCGGCUGGCGUUUCCUGUCCUGUUUCUACUGAUGAAUGUAAUUUCUUGUAGAAUGUGUUUCUGCCGUCACAAGUGCUGUCCUCUGCUUUCACCAAACGCUUUCACCACAUGCCCUCCUGGACAUUUUGUAUCCCUGACCUCCCUGUAAGCAUUUAGCAGUAGCAAGCAUUUAUUAUGUUCCUGCAGCAGGGAUGCAGAAUGGUUUCCGAUGUGAGCAUCCCGCUGCCGUGUAGAAGUCGUUGCAACAUCUUCCAUGCAAACCUGCAAGUGUAAAGCGAUUUAUCCAGGUGCCUCUGAGUGCUGUUUCAUCUGUUUCAUCUUCUAAGCUCGUCAUAUCUUGUUUCUGCCUCAACAUUUGAACUAAAAAGGCUGUGAAAGACGAAAAA